CAGGCUCCGGGCGCCCCGCCGACGAGGCUGCCGCUCUGGCCCGCCGCCCCGCGCCCGGCACCCGCCGCCCCUCCGCGGGCCAUGGACCUGCCCAGGGGGCUCCUGGUGGCCUGGGCACUCAGCCUGUGGACAGGGUUCACGGAUACCUUCAACAUGGACACCAGGAAGCCCCGGGUCAUCCCUGGCUCCAGGAGUGCCUUCUUUGGCUACACAGUGCAGCAGCAUGACAUCGGAGGCAAGAAGUGGCUGGUGGUGGGCGCUCCAUUGGAAACCAACGGCCAUCAGAAGACAGGAGACAUAUACAAGUGCCCGGUGGCCCACGGGAACUGCACCAAGCUCAAUCUGGGAAGGGUCACGCUGUCCAACGUGUCUGAGAGGAAGGACAACAUGCGCCUGGGCCUGAGCCUGGCCACCAACCCCAAGGACAACAGCUUCCUGGCCUGCAGCCCCCUCUGGUCUCACGAGUGUGGAAGUUCCUACUACACCACAGGGAUGUGCUCCAGAGUCAACUCCAACUUCAGGUUCUCCAAGACUGUGGCCCCUGCUCUCCAAAGGUGCCAGACAUACAUGGACAUCGUCAUUGUCCUGGACGGCUCCAACAGCAUCUACCCCUGGGUGGAGGUUCAGCACUUCCUCAUCAACAUCCUCAAGAAGUUUUACAUUGGCCCUGGGCAGAUCCAGGUUGGAGUCGUUCAGUACGGAGAAGACGUGGUCCAUGAAUUCCACCUCAAUGACUACAGGUCUGUAAAAGAUGUUGUGGAAGCUGCCAGCCACAUUGAGCAGAGAGGAGGAACAGAAACCCGGACUGCAUUUGGCAUCGAAUUUGCUCGCUCAGAGGCUUUCCAGAAGGGUGGUAGGAAAGGAGCCAAGAAAGUGAUGAUUGUCAUCACAGAUGGAGAGUCGCACGACAGCCCUGAUCUGGAGAAGGUGAUCCAGCAAAGCGAGAAGGACAACGUGACCAGAUACGCAGUGGCCGUCCUGGGCUACUACAACCGCAGGGGAAUCAAUCCAGAAACUUUUCUCAAUGAAAUCAAGUACAUUGCCAGUGAUCCCGAUGACAAGCACUUCUUCAAUGUCACUGACGAAGCGGCCCUGAAGGACAUUGUCGAUGCCCUGGGGGACAGGAUCUUCAGCUUGGAAGGCACCAACAAGAACGAAACCUCCUUCGGGCUGGAGAUGUCACAGACGGGCUUCUCCUCCCACGUGGUGGAGGACGGGAUUCUGCUGGGAGCUGUCGGUGCCUAUGACUGGAAUGGAGCUGUGCUAAAGGAGACCAGCAGCGGGAAGGUCAUUCCUCUCCGAGAGUCCUACCUGAAAGAAUUCCCCGAGGAGCUCAAGAAUCACGGGGCCUACCUGGGGUACACAGUCACGUCGGUCGUGUCCUCCAGGCAGGGGCGGGUGUAUGUGGCCGGAGCCCCCCGGUUCAACCACACAGGCAAAGUCAUCCUGUUCACCAUGCACAACAACCGGAGUCUCACCAUCCACCAGGCCCUACAAGGGGAGCAGAUAGGCUCUUACUUCGGGAGUGAGAUCACCUCUGUGGAUGUGGAUGGUGACGGGGUGACUGACGUCCUGCUGGUGGGCGCCCCCAUGUACUUCAGCGAGGGCCGUGAGCGCGGCCGGGUCUACGUCUACAGCCUGAGACAGGACCAGUUUGUUUACAAUGAGACGCUGAAGGAUUCCCAGAAUUACCAGAAUGCCCGCUUCGGGGCCUCCAUCGUCUCGGUUCGGGACCUCAAUCAAGACUCCUGUAAUGAUGUGGUGGUGGGAGCCCCGCUAGAGGACAACCACCGGGGGGCCAUCUACAUCUUCCACGGCUUCCAAGGCGGCAUCCUAAAAAAGCCAAAGCAGAGAAUCGCCGCCUCAGAACUGACUCCAGGUCUGCAGUACUUUGGCUGCAGCAUCCACGGGCAGCUGGACCUGAAUGAAGACGGGCUGGUUGAUCUGGCAGUGGGCGCCCUUGGCAACGCUGUGAUUCUGUGGUCCCGCCCUGUGGUUCGGAUCAAUGUCAGCCUCCACUUUGAGCCAUCCAAGAUCAACAUCUUCCACAGAGACUGUAAACGCAGUGGCAGAGAUGCCACCUGCCUAGCCGCCUUCCUCUGCUUCACGCCCAUCUUCCUGGCACCCGACUUCCAAGCAGCCACAAUUGGCAUCAAGUACAACGCCACCAUGGACGAGCGGCGGUACACGCCGAGGGCCCACCUGGACGAGGGCGGGGACCAGUACACCAACAGGGCCGUCCUGCUGUCCUCCGGCCAGGAACACUGUGAGCGGAUCAGCUUCCAUGUCCUGGAUACCGCUGACUACGUGAAGCCGGUGACCUUCUCCGUGGAGUACUCCCUGCAGGACCCGGACAAGGGCCCCAUGCUGGACGACGGCUGGCCCACAGCCCUCAGAGUCUCGGUGCCCUUCUGGAAUGGCUGCAAUGAGGACGAGCACUGUGUCCCUGACCUCCUGCUGGAUGCCUAUAGUGACCUGCCCACGGCCCUGGAGUACUGCCAGAAGGUGCUGAGGAAGUCUGCCCAGGACUGCUCCACAUACACGCUGUCCUUUGACACCACGGUUUUCAUCAUAGAGAGCACGCGCCGGCGGGUGGCGGUGGAGGCCGUGCUGGAGAACAGGGGUGAGAACGCCUACAGCACAGUCCUCAAUAUCUCACAGUCAGCAAAUCUGCAGUUUGCCAGCUUGAUCCAGAAGGAUGACUCCGAUGGCAGCAUCGAGUGUGUGAACGAAGAGAGGAGACUCCACAAGAAAGUCUGCAACGUCAGCUACCCCUUCUUCCGGGCCAAGGCCAAGGUGGCUUUCCGGCUAGAUUUUGAGUUCAGCAAAUCUGUCUUCCUGCACCACCUGGAGAUCCAGCUCACAGCAGGCAGUGACAGCGACGAGGACGAGAGCACCAAGGAAGACAACACAGCCCUCCUGCGCUUCCACCUCAAAUAUGAGGCGGACAUCCUCUUCACCAGGAGCAGCAGCCUCAGCCACUACGAGGUGCAGCCCAACAGCUCACUGGAGAGCUACGAUGGCCUUGGGCCUCCUUUCAGCUGCGUCUUCAAGGUCCAAAACUUGGGUUUGUUCCCCGUCCAUGGGGUGAUGAUGAAAAUCACCGUCCCUAUCGCCACCAGGGCUGGCAACCGCCUGCUGAUGCUGAGGGACUUCCUCACCGACCAGGGGAACACGUCCUGUAAGAUCUGGGGGAACAGCACCGAGUACCGGCACGUUCCAACAGAGGAGGACACGAGCCCUGCCCCACAGCUGAAUCACAGCAACUCCGACAUUGUCUCCAUCAACUGCAACGUGAGGCUGGCUCCCAACCAGGAAAUCAAUUUCCAACUGUUUGGGAACCUAUGGCUGAGGUCCCUAAAAGCACUCAAGUACAAGUCACUGAAAAUCACAAUCAACGCAGCCCUGCAGAGGCAGUUCCACAGUCCUUUCAUCUUCCGAGAAGAGGACCCCAGCCGCCAGAUCACAUUUGAGAUCUCCAAGCAAGAAGACUGGCAGAUCCCCAUCUGGAUCAUUGUGGGCAGCACACUGGGAGGCCUCCUGCUAUUGGCCCUGCUGGUCCUGGCACUAUGGAAGCUCGGCUUCUUUAAAAGCUCCAAACGCAGAAGGGAACCCAGCCAGGACCCCACCCCCAAAGAGCUGGAAUGAGGUUCCCGAGGAGGCUGCAAAUUGAUGGGGGCCAGGAUGCCCGGAGAACCAGUCGGUGUGCAGGCCCAGGCCAGUGGCCCACCGAGUUGGGGAAGAGAGGAUGCCAGCUCGCUUGCACUUGACCUCUUCUCCUGAGAGAAGGGCCCUGCUCCCUCUGGAAAGGAAUUCAAGCCAGUUUUAAGAGGGACUGCCCUAUUGGGAGGCCAAGACACCUCCAACACAGAUCCUGGGGAUUAAAGGGAUGCCUUCUAAGGCAUAACUCAAAGCCUCCCCAGGGCUCUGUGGGGGCGUUUGCUGCCCCCACUACUAAGGUGCUAGGAAUUCCUAAUCAUCCCCAUCCUGAGAAGAAACCCAGAGGAAGACUGCAAAUACACACUCCAGGCCUCUAGUUCCAAAGGACCCAAUGGGACAGCAGAUCUGGCUCUGCACUGUCCUUCCACCCCAUGCUGCAAGGGCUCCCGAGUCACCCAGCUUCCCCAGGGGAGAUAGGCCCCCAGAGCUACCCCUGAGCCCAAGGGCUUAGGGGCGAUAGCUACUGGCGAGGGAUAAAGAAAGACUCUGGGACUUGGAGACUAUGACGGACAGGCAGCUGGGACCCAGGACUUGGGCACCCACCCUGAGAAGGGGAAGCAGGCAGCUUCUCCACCCACCUGCGUUCACACUGACUUGCAACCCACACACUCCCUCACCCUGCUCUCAGCCCCAGCCUCUCUGCUACCAAACUCCCAGGCUGCUUUUAUUCCUAGGUACCUCAUAGGAAGCCUGGAUGAUGCAAUCCCCAGGGCUCCACAUUCCCACUUUUGUCUUCCAGCUCAGCCUGCCAGGCAGCACCAGCAGCAGGAAUUGGAAUGGAGCCUCCCCGCUGCAUCAUCAUCAUCAACACACACACACACACCCCACCCCUCAUCCCUUCUUCUGCCCACCUCUGCAAGGGACAAGGACUAAGGAGGACUAGGCAGGUGCUGCUGGGGGAGGGGAGUCCUCUCUGAAAUGCACUGAAUAAAGCCGGUGCAGGAACCCCAGAGCCUGUGCAACCUUGGUGGCAAAUAUCUGACCCACCGGGCUGUGGGACAAACAGUACCAUCAAUGACAAUGCCCCGAGGACAAGAGGCACACCUGGUGCCCAGCUGAGUAAUUUAUGCCUUAACCUUGUUUUAAGGUAGAAAUAAAGGGGGAUACAUCAAAAGCAUC